UUUUGGCUUGUAAAGUUGUAAUUGCUCAGUGCCGCCAACCUGUCACCUCGGUUCGUGCCGUUGGCCGCAAAAAAAACAUCAAUCGAAUACACCUAGCUGCUUACCUACUUCAACCGACUUCAAAGUCCAACCGGGUUGGUUUGCGUGCGUUUCGUGCGAGUGGGGACGUAAAGUGGAUUGAUAAAUGUGAUGAGCUAGAAAGUGGAACUGGUAGCGAUCAGCAACUUUCAGUCAUUCCGGGGUCGUUGCUCGAUGCAUGUAAACAUCGCGGUACACCAACUGCAGUAGCGUAGCAUUCUACCACCACUGUCCACUUCCUGCCGGCAGAAAUAAAAACAGUGGAACAGUGUAAUCAAUCGAAUCAAAACAAUCAUGAAUAGGGAGAACAUUUACUACCUUCCAGAGGAAAGCUCGGAAAGCACGUUUUGCUACGAUGAAGACCGUCCUCGAUUACCCUUACCCAAACUGGACCACACGCUGAAGCGAUACUUGGAAUCGUUGAAACCAUUCGGGACCGCCGAAGAGCUAGAAAAUACGAAAAAAAUCAUCGAGACCUUCCGCAAGGGCGUUGGAGCAAAGCUGCAGGCAAUUCUGGAAGAAAAGGCAACGAAAGAAAAAAAUUGGGUUGAUAAAUGGUGGGAAGACUAUGCAUACUGCACCUUGCGCAUGUCGCUGAUUCCAUACUGUGUGAUGGUUCAACCAUUGCUUCUCGAUGCCGUCGGACUAGAGGCAAUACCGGAAAACUUUCUCAAAGGACCGGCAACAUGUUUGCAUCACAACAUGGUAUUUUGGAAGCUGCUCCGUACCGAACGGUUGCGACCCAUCGCCACCGCCGACAAGAAAAACAUUUUUUCCGCCGAUUUAUACCGACGACUGUACAACACCGUACGCAUACCGGGUAUCGAAAUGGACAAGGUGGAAAGCUACUUCCGGACGGAAAAGGAAGGUCCAUGCCCAUCGCAUAUCAUCGUACUGUAUGGGGGGCGCAUUUUUAAAAUUCCCGGUCUAAAUGCCGAUGGUGAUCCUUUGAGCCCGCAGGAUUUCCUUUUCACUUUGCAGCAGAUUCAGGUAAAAGUGGAAGGCACUAGCGUUCAGCAUGCGGGUGUGCCGACACUAACGAAUGACGAUCGUACAUCUUGGGCCAACAAUCGACGGCAUUUGAUAGAACUUUCUACCCGCAAUAAAACUAUGGUGCGAGAAAUCGAAGAAGCGGUCGCACUAAUGAUACUCGAUACACACUGCCCGAAAAACUACUCGGAUUUGGCGCAGCUGUGCUUAACCGGUGAUAUACACUCGAAAUGGACGGAUAAAAGUUGCGGUACGAUCGCGUUUAAAAACGGACAGAUGGGUUGUUACGGUGAGCAUUGCUGUUACGAUGGAUCGAUUUCGAUGUCCAUCAGCUUGUACGUGAUGAUGAGCAUCGCAGAGGAAGGUGUACCGGAUUGGGAUGUUCCCGCCAGCAAUUUAAUACUUCCGGACGAGCUUGUCUUUGAUCUAGACGACAAGCUGCACGAGGAAAUCGUUCGUAUGGAAAAAGUUGCCGACGAAAUGCAAAAUUGUGUUGUCGUUUCGAUGGAUCAGUUCCAGGACUAUGGGAAAGCUUUUAUGAAAAAGCACAAAAUACAUCCGGAUGCCUACGUUCAAACGGCGCUGCUGCUUUCUUACUAUCGGCUUCAUGGAACCUUUGCCCCGACGUACGAAACAGCCAUGAUGCGUCAGUGGUACAAAGGUCGCACAGAGACUUGCCGCUCGUGCAGUAUCGAGUCGGUACGGUUCAUAGAGUCUAUGGAGAGUUCCAGUUCAACCGAUGAUGAGAAAGCGAAACUGUUCAAGGUGGCCGCAAACAGACAGAUGGAGCUUAUGAAUGAAGCCCGCAAGGGAAACGGAAUUGAUCGACAUUUAUUUGGGCUGUGGUGUGCUGCUUACGACAAUGGAAUACCGAUUCCAGAGCUGUAUGAUGAUCCACUGUACAGCAAAAGUGGAGGUGGUGGUAAUUUCAUUCUUUCAACCAGCACACUCGGUUACACGAUCAACUGUGGUUACGUAGCACCGAUGUGCAUGGAUGGUUACGGCUGCUUCUACACAAUGCUGGAAGAUUGCAUCUGGGGAAUAUUUUCUGCGUAUCGCGACAGUACUGCCACCAGCUGCCACAAGUUUCAGCAAACGUUUCAUCAAGUUAUGGUAGAUUUAAAAAAUCUGCUAGAGCGAAGUGAUCUACCAAACAAGCUUUAGUUAUAAGAUGGAAAAUGUGCAAACACAAUUGUUAACGGCAAUUUUUAACAAAUGGACAAAACAUUCGGUAGUUGGGUCGAUUUAGUUUUACUAGUUGUACUACAAUUGGCCAAAGGUCAAAAGGGGGUUUGUGGUUAUAUCGGUGCUGUUGUAUUCAUCACAUAAAAAUAAAAAAACGCACAUUAUAUUACUAUGUAA